AUGUCAGUAGACUGCGAAUGCGAUAGUGCACGCAAAUCCCUCAAACUUCAAGUAGUAAAGAGUUUAAGGCUUCCAGCUAUGUCUGAGUUCGACCCGGUAAGCGAUUUUCUUUCACGAGAGCAAGAAGCUUUGGGUGAACUGUCAGGAGAACUCGAUCUGAAUCUUCCUGAGAAGAACGAAGAUCGUAAGUGUCCCCGUUUUGUGAAAACUGACUCAAACCUUUGUAGCAUUCUCGUCAAACUUUCCUCCACUUAAUCAGUCGAAUGGCGGACAAUUCGUAAUGUUGAAUGGGGGCGCCAACAAUCAAACCCACUCUACUUCUGUACCGACGAUAGAUCAGGAUGGAGACGAUGUAUUUGCUCCAGGUACUCACAAUGGCUUUGCACCAGGAGGCUCUGUUGAAUCUUCGAUGACCAAUGGUUUUCGCACCCAGAAUUCUAUAUCAGAUACCUGGUGUGAAGAGUUCAAUAAGCGAAUUGCGCAAAAAGACGCGGAAGAAGAAAAAAAGCUUGCUGAGCUGCAGGCCUCAGGUGCUCAUGACCUUGAGAAUUGGUACAAGCACUAUCGACAGCAGAAUCAAAUCCGAUCGGCUGAGUUGCGUCAAAAGCAAAGUGAAGCAGUAUCUGGAGAACAAAGACCUUCGAACGGCCCAAAACCAACUGUCAGUGAUAGUAAGAUGUGGGACCAAGUUUGUGGCAUGUGUGACUUUCAGGAUAAACAGAAGCCCGCUACUGACCUCAGCCGAAUGCGCGGAAUUCUGCUGUCCUUGAAAUCGUCUACCUAAUCGAUCGAUGAGUUCACUAUGGUCGCCUUAUCCAACAUUGACAUCAGGUUCCCUGUUCCGAUGCGUUGAUUCAUCGAGCUUUCUUUUGUUUACAUGUUCUUUUUCCGGGGAAGGAUCGUGUGUUGCCUCACGCGACAUCAAGUGCCUUUUUGCUUCCCUUCGAAGUUGUAAGAAGAUUCAGAGCCAAUCAAUCAUCUGCUGCCUCAUUCGGUUGCUGUUUCUGUUAGGCGACACAAUACCCACCUAUUUCGCUCGCGCACUUUGUUCUUGAUACUUUUUCAUCUUACUUUUCAUUGUGAUUUACGUUAAUGCGGAACUUCUUGAUCUACUCUGCGGCGCGACGAAUCUUUUCGUGGGGUUGUUCAACUACCGUUUUAUUGUUGUAUCCAUAACAAUAUACCAUGCGGAGUUUUCGCUUGUUCUCUGUCUGUAUCGUGUUUCGACUCUCGGUUGCGUGUGCAUGGUUGUGUAGAAAUGUUUACAGAUUUGUUGAUGAAUGUCAUAGAUAUACCACUCUCAUAGGGAACCAUG